AUGCCACCCGCCGCCACCUUCUCGUCGUUCUCCGCGUUGAUGCGCCGGCCUCCGCCGCCGGCCCGGCGCCUCCUCGUCCCCCCCGCCGCCGCGCGCGCGCACAGCACUGCCGGGGCAAGCCGUGCUCGCGGCGGCCUGCCGCGGUUCCACUCCCCCUCUCUCCCCUUGUCCAAGGGUGAGGUGGUUCGCAUCCAAGGCGACGAGUUCUGGCACAUGACACGGGUGUUGCGCCUUGGCAUCAAUGACAGGGUCGAACUAUUUGAUGGGGCCGGUGGCUUAGUUGAAGGAUCCAUACAAAAGGUUGACAAGAAUGGAUCAGAUGUUGAGUUAUUGGAGAACGCCAGGCUCAUUGCUCCUCAAGGCAUUCAAUGGCAUGUCUUUGCUGCAUUUGGGACGCUGAAAGGUGGACGUGCAGAUUGGCUUAUAGAGAAAUGUACUGAACUUGGCGCUUCCAGUGUUACGCCUCUUUUGACUGAACGAUGCCAUACGAUAGCGGAAAAUAGAGUGGACAGGUUGCAACGGCUGGUGUUAGCUGCAGUUAAACAAUGCCAGAGAGUGCAUGAUAUGUCACUGAAGCCCCCAAUUCAGAUACAUGAUCUUCCGCUGGCUGUGUCGCAAUCAAAGCUUGCUUUCUUAGCAUCUGCUGAAGCGCCUCCUGUUUUGAGCGUUUUGCCAAAGUGCAGCAGCGAGGAGGAAAGCGGGCUUUUAAUCAUUGGACCGGAAGGAGACUUUACGGAGGAGGAGGUGAAGGUUUUGAAGGCGGCUGGUGCGGUCCCUGUUGGUCUCGGUCCAUGCAGGCUACGCGUGGAGACAGCUACCAUCUCACUCCUUUCUGCGCUCAUGCUGUGGUCAGACGCCGCUCAGCACCAAGAAACUCAGCGGCAACGCGGAUAG